AUGAAAAGGAGUCUAGCUGACACUUCAACUCGCAGCACAGCAGGUUGUCUGCCUGUGCCUCUCUUCAAUCAGAAAAAAAGAAAUAGACAGCCCCUCACUUCAAAUCCACUCAAAAAUGAGCCAGGUACCAGUUCUGGAACCUGUACUUACAGCUUCUCUCCCACAUCAUUUGGCUGGGGAACUGCAAACCUAGAAGUGGCUGAACUACAGAAAGCAGCAAACAAUGGCCAAACAGAACAUCAGAUGGCUCCUUCCCUUAUGAAACCACCAAAUGCAUCAAAGGCUAAUUUAGCAAAUGUUGGGAAAAGCUUGUAUGCCUGCAGGGCAGAAGAGAAGGCUCCCAGUACUAAAGUUUGGAACAGAAAUGAGUAUGCUCCUUUAACUAACACAACAGAUUCAAGAUCUGAUAGUGGAGUUAUUCGAAAGUUUGAGAGCCUUUCAAAUAGUUUGAAAACUGUUCAGCCACAAAAAACCCCUGGUAGCCAUAAUUCAUCUCAGCAUAUCAAAACAACAGAAACCACCCAAACAUACACGUCUAAAGGACAAUGGCCAGUGAAACCUAACACUAUUUCAAGAAGUCUGCAGGAUCAUAGUCUGGCAUAUAAAUUUAACCACAAUAUUCAGCAAAAUAAAAUGAAUGAAAAACAAUUUGAUUGUGUUCCAGAGGACAAAAGUCAGGAAGUUUCAUCAUCUCAAUUAAAAAUUAAAGAAAAAAAGAAUUCUUUGCGAAUCAUAUCUGCAGUCAUUGAAAGUAUGAGGCACUGGAGUCAAUAUGCUUAUAAAACUGCGCUAUUAUUUGAAGUUUUAGGCACACUUGAUUCUGCAGUCACACCUGGAGCAUAUGGGGCAAAGAAUUUUCUUUUGAGAGAUGGAAAGGAGAGUCUGCCUUGUGUAUUUUAUGAAAUUGACCGUGAUCUUCCAAGACUAAUUAGAGGUCGAGUGCACAGGUGCAUGGGAAACUAUGAUGCAAAAAGGAACAUUUUCAAGUGCGUCUCUGUAAGACCAGCAACUAUUCAAGAACAAAACACUUUCCAAGAAUUUGUUAAAAUUGCAGAUCUUGAUAUGACAGCAUAUGUAAAAACAAUUAAUGAAAUUUAAAAGUUAAAAUGGUUGUCCAAAACCCAUUUUCACUAAUCAUUACCCAUAAAAGCUGGACAUCAUAAAGCACUUACAAAACUAAUACUGAAAAUCUGAUUAAAUAAUUGAAAAUAUCACUAUGCUCUGUUAGCCAGCAAAUGUUAGUAACAAUGUUUUGUUUCCACUGUUACUUUUCAUAGUUUAUCUUUCCCAGUUAAAUGUGCAAUAACAGGGAUUUGUUACCUAGUAGAUUAGACUUUACUGGAGAAAUUCUGAAUUAAAAUGUUUAAGUUGUGCAGUAGCGGAAGUGUCUUAGAAGACCAUCAGUACUAGUUCAGAUUGCCAUUGCUUUUCAUUAUCUUCAAUUUUUAGAAAUUCCUUCAAUACCUACUUCAAAAUGUUGACUAUAUAUUACUUUUGAGGAGUAUUUGGUCAAAGUUUAAUAGUGAACAAACAUCAACAAAGUUCUCUUUGGCUCUGCAUAUUGCAUUAAAACUCCUCUUUGGUAGAAAGAAAGAAGGUAG